AAAGUAAUUCAUCAAUGGAUCUUUGUAAUACUUAUAAAUUUUCAAGAAACAGUCACAAAUUUUACUACCACACUUCUUGUUAUACAUCUUUCAUGUCUUUUGGAAUUUUUACUAAUUUGAUGACUGCUUCAUCAUCUUCUUCCUCUAACCCUUCUUGUAACUCCAUUGUUACUCAUUUUUCCACUGAAAACUACAAUUAAAUUGAUAAAAACUAAAAUUUAAUUUUUAUCAUCUUUUCUUGUGUAACCAUCACUUGUUUUUUUAUAAAGUUUGAAUCUUUCUCGACUUUCUUGAAACAAGUAUGUUGCUUGCUUCAUUAUCUGGGGCUAAUCAGCCUAUUUUCAGGUCUGGAAUGGAUUGGAAACUUGAUAAGAAAUUUAAGAAAUCGACCACCAUGAUCAAGCUAAAAAAGAAGACUGUAAGCUUAUCACCAAUGGCAACAGCUGCUCCUCUGAAAGCUAGUGCCUUUUCUGCUCCGAAAUUCUACACAGAAGCACUGACUGCUGCAAGAGCAAAUUUUACCCAAGAGAUAUCUUUCCAGGCUAAAGACAAAGAUAUAUCCCUUGCUAAGACUUUGCUGCAUAUUUCUGCUGAAGAUGAGGCUUUUAUUGCUUUCAACCGCGAGAUGGAUGCUCAUUCAUUCCAAAAUGAACGGAAAGGUAACAAGGUGUCAUUUAAUGAUGAAGAUUUGAAUCACACAGAGUCUAUGCUAAUAGCGGGAAAGAGAAUUGAAGAAUGGCUGUUAGAAUUGGAUGCCAUUGCAAAAGAAGUAGAAGUUGAACUAGCUUCAAGAGACAUAGGUUGCCACUUGAUUGAAGUUUUGGAGGCAGUCAACAAAGUCCUUUUUGAGUCAAGAGGCUUCAAAAGAUCAACCAUUGUGGAUUCUAAAUGUUCCUAUUUGCAUUCUGUUUUAAGCUCCAAAUGUGGCAGCGCAAUUUUGCUUAGCAUAAUAUACAUUGAGGUUUGUCGAAGACUUAAUUUGACUGUUGUUGGAUCCUGCGUGGGAGAAGACUUUUUGAUUUGGCCCCAAACAGGAAAUCCGGAGGAGCUAUUUAAGGAUAAUUCAGGUCACAGUUUAUUUGGGAUUGUUAAUGGACGCUGUGUCAAGGACCCGAAGUCAAAGGCAUCAGACUUGAAUAGCAAUUCUCUUAUGGGCCUUGACAUUGCUACUAACCGGGAUAUUGUUGGGAUUUAUCUUGCUAAUUUGAUUAGGCUUCAUUGGAAACGUGCUUCGAGAAUGAAUCAUGGGUUAAUGUUGACCUCUCCACUUAGACCUGUUCAUGAUGAUAAUGCAGAUAGUUCAACCAUACCUUUGUUACGUCCUCAAGAUCUUAGGCUGGCUAUCAUGGCGUCCGAGAAACUACUGAUUUUGCAGCCACAUAAUUGGGCUUUGAGGAGAGAUCAUGGCAUGAUGUUGUAUUUCAGUAGGGAAUAUGGAGAGGCAGUUCAAGAACUAAGCAUUUGCAUGGCUUUUGCACCUGAAGAAGAGGCGGAAAUCCUGGAACCUUUCGUAGAGAAGUUGCAUUUGUUGAGAAUUGAAUCGUCUUGGAAAUCAUUGGGUCAUAAAGGUCGUUUGGCGGUUCCAUGAAAACAGCUUGUAUGAUUGUAUAAUUGUGUUUCUUUUUCUUCAUUCCAACUUGUUAGUAUUUAACAUAAGUUUAUCUUGUAGCUCUAGGCAUGUUCAAUCUUUAAUCUUGUAAUCUGUAGGCUGGCUUGAUCCAUGGUAAUUGGACCAACUUACACUUUUUAAUAUCAAUCAUCAAAAGUAGCAACUGCAUACAGAACUACUUUUAUUUUCUGUAA